AUGAUUGUAAUUCUGCUGGUGUCUAUGUCCAUGGUGGUGUAUAGUGGUGGCCAAGAACUGGAGCCACCACCAUUCCUGCCAGAGCUGCUUAACACACCUGAAAGAAUCUUGAACAAUGCCACACUCUUCAAUGGAGUCUUUCAAAAUGUGGAAAGCGUUGCAUUAUUUUUUGACUGCCUGGGCUCUCACUUCACCUGGUUACAGUCCAUCUUCACCAACUUCCCUGCCCUUCUCAACUUUGUGAACAGAAUGAAGUGUGUCACUGGGUUUUGCCCCAGGGAUUUUGAGGACUACGGCUGCUCUUGCCGGUUUGAGAUGGAAGGGCUCCCUGUGGAUGAAGCUGAUGAAUGCUGCUUUCAGCACCGCAGAUGCUACGAGGAAGCGCUGGAGAUGGAGUGCACGUGGGACCCAUCAAAGAUCUCUGCAGAUGCCAGCUGCUCUACUAAAAACCUGACCUGUGAGUCUGUGGAUCCCUGUGAACAGUUCCUCUGCACCUGUGACAAAGAUGCCAUUGAAUGCUUUGUGAAUGCCCAGAUCAACUCCUCCCUGAAUGGGCUGGAUGUCUCCUUCUGCCCAUCUCCAGUUACAGAAGCAACCAGCAAGAGAGAGCUGACAACACGACACAUGGAGGCAUUGGUUCAUCAAGGGAAUGAUGAAACACUGGCUGUGACUGCAUCUGUGGAAGAAGUGGCUUCUUUUGAGCCCCGUGACAGAGUCUUGGCAACUUCCAAAGCCAGAGUUACCUCAAGGGACCACAGAGGCACAGCUCCUGCUCCCCCCAUCCUCUCAAUUAAAGAAGAAGAUGGAUUUAUGGAAGCUUUGGUCCCAGUGGAAGAGAUAACCACCUCCCCAGCCUCAUUCCCAGGAGACAGUAACUCAAUGCAAGUCAAAAUUGUCUCCACCAACAGGAGUCCUGCAGGCACACCUGCAAGGACAAAAGCAAAAGAGACAAGCCCUGCAAAGGGUGGCCUGAGCACAGCUUCCUCUGGCAGAGCUCUGGACCUGGGACUGCCUGAGAGGGGACCUGCAGGAAAAGUGUGUGAGCGAUUGACCUUUCUGCAAGAGAGAGGACGUGGAAGAGUGGAGAGGGAGCUGCCCCAGCUUGGAGAAAUGCUGUUCUGCCUAACUGGGAGAUGCCCAGAGGAAUUUGAGUCCUAUGGCUGCUACUGUGGCCAAGAGGGAAGAGGAGAUCCCGCCGACACACUGGACAGAUGCUGCUUCUCUCAUCACUGCUGUAUGGAGCAAGUUAAGAAACUUGGAUGUCAUGCAGAAAGAAAUUUGAGAUCUGAAGUUGUAUGUUUUGAUCACACACCAAAAUGCAUUGGGCAGAGCACGUGUGAGAAGCUCCUCUGUGCCUGUGACAUGGCUGCGGCCGAGUGCAUGGCCUCUGCUGCCUUCAAUGCCAGCCUGAAGCUGCCCCACGGGCAGGGCUGCCGGGAGGAGAAGCUCUCCUGCCCAGGGGACUCUGCUGAAAGGGCUCCAGCAGGCACCCAAACAGGCUCCCAAACAGGCACAGGGGCUUCCAGCUCCGAGGAGAGCAGUGAGGAGGAAGGAGCCUGGCGGGGAGGAUUGCGGAGAGCCAGGAGAGGGACGCGGCAUCACCUGGGGAAUGUCAGAACUGGGGGGCACGAGGGCAGAUAACCCUGAGGGCAGAACACCACCC